GAUUUCCCGGUAAAGAAGAUGUUAGUAUAUUUUUAGUUUUCAAAUAAAAAGUUUUUAGAAUUAUUUAGUUUAUCCAAUUAGCUCUAAUAAAUUGUAAAUGGACUAAUCAGUGUUAUAUAACGUUAUUCUUUAGGAAAUAUGCUUUAACCCAAUCUAUAUCCCAUUAGAAACUUGAAACAACAUGUCACCUGACUUGUCAGAGGUCGGUCUCUUUCAAGGAUGCUAACCUAUAGACUUAGAACACUCAUAUACUAUAGUCCUACUUAGUGAUGAUUUUCACGAGAUUGUCUUUUGAUCGCAUUAAGUAACAAUGCUAGCAUGUUUGGGAUAUGUUUCUUUCCAUCCAAACGUAAAAUAUUUCUUUGGUACUGGUCUGCUUUAACGCUUGGACUAGCAAUAAGGAGUGAAGUAAUUGGGUGCGUCGACCAUUUCACUUAUUGUGGAAGCUUUCUUUUUCUAGGUUAUUAUCUGACGAAAUCUCGGCUCGAAUUCAGAAAGCCCGGUUGCCCUAUGCAGACCAAAGUAGGCUUUUUACCAUGUGAAAUAUGAUUUUGAAUACACUUCCAAUGGUGCUCCAGUUUCCUACUUUCUAUAUACAUGGAUCUGUGGUUACUCGGAAUUAGUGCUACUGUUGGUACUGUUUUCAUCUUAACGAUGCGGUGGUUAACUCGAAGAAAAACGGUACUUUGCAAUUGUUUGUCCCCUGUCGGCCAACAUGCAGUCAUCACUGGUGCUAGUUCCGGUAUUGGUCGCGCAACUGCAUUUGAAUUGGCCAAAAGGAAUUGGAAACUUACGUUAGGUUGCAGAAAUAUGAACACUGCCAUUAAGGUUAAAGAAGAAAUUACAUCUCUCACUGGUAAUCAUAACAUUUCUCUUAGACUUUUGGACUUGGAGAAUCCACAAACGAUUAAGGAGUUUGUACAAUUUUUACCUUUACCUGUUCAUGUUUUGAUCAAUAACGCCGGUGCGUUUCCUAAGAUUCUUCGUCCUGCUAUAUAUUACCAAGAUAUCAAUGUUACUUUGGCUACUAAUUAUGUUGGACAUUUUUUCCUGACUUCACUGCUUUUACCUUACCUUCGAAAAUCAUAUCAUGAAACAUCUAUUUAUCCUCGUGUGAUUGUUGUAAGCUCCUCUUUAUCCAAAAAGGGAACGUUCUCGACAGAAAAUUUGUUUCAACCGUACAAUACUACAUCAGAUUUAAAUUCCAAUAAAGCUUAUUCUGAUUCUAAACUGGCUUGCAAUUUAUUUUCACGCGAACUUCAUCAGAGGUAUGGUUCAGGUGAUAAUAAAAUACUUGAUGUUUAUUGUUUAUUUACCGGAGGGAUGGUAAAUACUAAUUUAUUUCGAAAUACUUUGAUAAAAUACUCACCACUCACUCAGCGUUUCAUCCGUGGUUUAAUGCAACUACUCUUGAAAUCUCCUUCAGAGGGUUGCCAAACGAUUGUUCAUUGUGCAGUUAGUGAUCAAGUUCCUAUUCAUCAUAAUAAUUAUGCUCAAACUAUUUUAACUGAGACAUCUGGUAGCGGUAUGCUGUAUAACAAUUGUACACCUAUUGAUUGGCCUGCUAAUUCACUCGAUCUUCAUCUAGCUAGUCAACUUUGGGAUUAUACAACAGAUUUCUUAAAACUAUCAGUCAAUAAUAAUGCAUAAAUCAUUCACUUUUAUGUACAAUUACGUAUUUAUUUGUAUUAUAUACAAUGAACUCAGUGUAUUUUCAUAAAAUUCCAAUUAGCUAAUUAUCACUUAGCAUUUACGAUGAACAGAAGCAAACUACAAAAUGACAGCCAAACAAUUAAUAUUAUAAAUGUAACAAGUUUUUAGAAUUUUUUAAAAAUUUAGUACAACUCUUCCUAACAGACAUUAAGUUCCUUUGCAUUUGUUCAUCGGUUUAUAGUGAUUCGUUUUAGUGGUGUGUGGUAAAAUAUAUCUUAUUGAUAAAUUUUUUUUACUUCAGGAAUAGGAGGUACUACAAACUCAAGAAAACUGUUUCAAAAAACGGACCUUGAGAACUUCAAGUUACAUACUCGUAUCCAUUCGGCUGUGAUAAUACGUGUCAUGUCCUUAAUGUCUUUAUACAUGUGAGAUAUCUGCCAAUACAAAAUCGAUUUGUAAUGCUCUAAUUUAAGUAUACUUUUCACUUAUAUGCUAACAAACUUAUCCUUGACCAUCGACAUCCUGACUGACAACAAUUUACCUUGAUCAACGAUUGAGACAGUUCCGAAUAGCAGUUAGUCCGGGACGCAUGUAACCUUAUGAUCUGGUAUCCAGUCAUAAGUAUUUGUGCAUUUUAUUCGGUAGCUCGUCCACCCUU